AUACCUUUCUGGAUAUUCCUCAAUGCCCCGGCUAUUCACGGAACGUGAAAAGCGAAUGAAUAAUCAUCUGCUUCCGGAAGAAAGCGAAGAAUUUUUUUGGAAUUCUACAAGAGCCAUUCGUUCUUUUUUCUCUGACAGAUGGUCAGAACUUCAUCUGGGUUCGAAUCCUACUGAGAGGUCCACUAGGGAUCAGAAAUUGUUGAAGAAAGAACAAGAUGUUUCUUUUGUCCCUUCCAGGCGAUCGGAAAAUAAAGAAAUAGUUUUAAUAUAUUCAAGAUAAUUACGUAUUUACAAAAUACCGUCUCAAUUCAUCCUAUUUCAUCAGAUCUGGGAUGUGAUACGGUUCCGAAGGAUGAACUGGAUAUGGACAGUUCCAAUAAGAUUUCAUUCUUGAACAAAAAUCCAUUUUUUUAUUUAUUUCAUCUAUUCCAUGAACGGAAGAGGGGGGAUACACGUUACGCCACGAUUUUGAGUCAGAAGAGAGAUUUCAAGAAAUGGCAGAUCUAUUCACUCUAUCAAUAACCGAGCCGGAUCUGGUGUAUCAUAAGGGAUUUGCCUUUUCUAUUGAUUCCUACGGAUUGGAUCAAAGACAAUUCUUGAAGGAGGUUUUCAACUCCAGGGAUGAAUUGAAAAAGAAAUCUUUAUUGGUUCUACCUCCUAUUUUUUAUGAAGAAAAUGAAUCUUUUUAUCGAAGGAUCAGAAAAAAUUGGGUCCGGAUCUCCUGCGGGAAUUUUUUUGAAGAUCCAAAACCAAAAAGAGUGGUAUUUGCUAGCAACAACAUAAUGGAGGCAGUCAAUCAAUAUAGAUUGAUCCGAAAUCUGAUUCAAAUCCAAUUCCAAUAUAGUCCCUAUGGGUACAUAAGAAAUGUAUUGAAUCGAUUCUUUUUAAUGAAGAGACCUGAUCGCAACUUCGAAUAUGGAAUUCAAAGGGAUCUAAUAGGAAAUGAUACUCUGAAUCAUAGAACUAUAAUGAAAGAUACGAUCAACCAACAUUUAUCGAAUUUGAAAAAGAGUCAGAAGAAAUGGUUCGAUCCUCUUAUUUUUCUUUCUCGAACCGAGAGAUCCAUAAAUCGGGAUCCUAAUGCAUAUAGAUACAAAUGGUCCAAUGGGAGCAAGAAUUUCCAGGAGCAUUUGAAACAUUUCGUUUCUGAGCGGAAGAGCCGUUUUCAAGUAGUGUUCGAUCGAUUAUGUAUUAAUCAAUAUUCGAUUGAUUGGUCUGAGGUUAUUGAUAAAAAAGAUUUGUCUAAGUCACUUCGUUUCUUUUUGUCCAAGUUACUUCGUUUUUUGUCCAAGUUACUUCUCUUUUUGUCUAACUCACUUCCUUUUUUCUUUGUGAGUUUCGAGAAUAUCCCCAUUCAUAGGUCUGAGAUCCACAUCUAUGAAUUGAAAGGUCCGAACGAUCAACCCUGCAAUCAGUUGUUAGAAUCAAUAGGUCUUCAAAUCGUUCAUUUUAAAAAAUUGAAACCCUUUUUAUUGGAUGAUCAUAAUACUUCUCAAAAAUCGAAAUUCUUGAUCAAUGGAGGAACAAUAUCACCAUUUUUGUUCAAUAAGAUACCAAAGUGGAUGAUUGACUCAUUCCAUACUAGAAAGAAUCGCAGGAAAUCUUUUGAUAACACGGAUUCCUAUUUCUCAAUCGUAUCCCACGAUCAAGACAAUUGGCUGAAUCCCGUGAAACCAUUUCAGAGAAGUUCAUUGAUAUCUUCUUUUCUAAAGCAAAUCGACUUCGAUUCUUGAAUAAUCCACAUCACUUCUGCUUCUAUUGUAACAAAAGAUUCCCUUUUUAUGUGGAAAAGGCCCGUCUCAAUAAUUCUGAUUUUACGUAUGGACAAUUCCUCACUAUCUUGUUCAUUCACAACAAAAUAUUUUCUUCGUGUGGUGGUAAAAAAAAACAUGCUUUUUUGGAGAGAGAUACUAUUUCACCUUCGUCAAUCGAGUCACAGGUAUCUAACAUAUUCAUAUCUAACGAUUUUCCACAAAGUGGUGACGAAAGGUAUAACUUGUACAAAUCUUUCCAUUUUCCAAUUCGAUCCGAUCCAUUAGUUCGUAGAGCUAUUUACUCGAUUGCAGACAUUUCUGGAACACCUCUAAUAGAGGGACAAAGAGUAAAUUGGAAAGAACGUAUUGUCAAACUCUUUCAGAUAUGAAUCUAUCCGAUUCAGAAGAGAAGAGCUUGCAUCAGUAUCUCAAUUUCAAUUCAAACGUGGGUUUGAUUCACACUCCAUGUUCUGAGAAAUAUUUACAGAGGAAAAAACGGAGUCUUUGCCUAAAAAAAUGCGUUGACAAAGGGCAGAUGGAUAGAACCUUUCAACGAGAUAGUGCUUUUUCAACUCUCUCAAAAUGGAAUCUAUUCCAACAUAUAUGCCAUGGUUCUUUACUUCGACAGGGUACAAAUAUCUAAAUUUGAUAUUUUUAGAUAUUUUUUCAGACCUAUUGCGGAUACUAAGUAGCAGUCAAAAAUUUGUAUCCAUUUUUCAUGAUAUUAUGUAUGGAUUAGAUAUAUCAUGGCGAAUUCUUCAGAAAAAAUUGUGUCUUCCACAAAGGAAUCUGAUAAGUGAGAUUUCGAGUAAGUCUUUACAUAAUCUUCUUCUGUCCGAAGAAAUGAUUCAUCGAAAUAAUGAGUCAUCGUUGAUAUCGACACAUCUGAGAUCGCCAAAUGUUCGUGAGGUCCUCUAUUCAAUCCUUUUCCUUCUUCUUGUUGCUGGAUAUAUCGUUCGUACACAUCUUCUCUUUGUUUCCCGAGCCUAUAGUGAGUUACAGACAGAGUUCGAAAAGAUCAAAUCUUUGAUGAUUCCAUCAUACAUGAUUGAGUUGCGAAAACUUCUGGAUAGGUAUCCUACAUCUGAACAGAAUUCUUUCUGGUUAAAGAAUCUUUUUCUAGUUGCUCUGGAACAAUUAGGAGAUUGUCUAGAAGAAAUACGGGGUUCUGGCGGCAACAUGCUAUGGGGUGGUGAUCCCGCUUAUGGGGUCAAAUCAAUACGUUCUAAGAAGACAGAUUUGAAAAUAAACUUCAUCGAUAUCAUCGAUCUCAUAAGUAUCAUACCAAAUCCCAUCAAUCGAAUCACUUUUUCGAGAAAUACGAGACAUCUAAGUCAUACAAGUAAAGACAUCUAUUCAUUGAUAA